AUGGCUCCAUCAAUCCCUAGUUCCAUCAAGCAGUGGAAUGUUGUUGGUCAAGAAGGCUUCCAAUCCCUCGAGUUCUCAGAACGAGAAUUGCCCGAAAUAGGGGAUAGUCAGGUUUUGGUGAAGUGGGCCACCUUGAAUUUCCGCGAUAUCAUCAUCCCACACGGCAAAUAUCCUUGGGACGUCAAGUCCAACGUUGUGCCGGGGUCCGACGGCGCCGGCACGGUCUUAGCCAUUGGGAAGGACGUUACUCGGUUCAAGCCGGGCGACAAGGUCAUUACCGUACUCAGCCAGGUAUACCUUGGCGGGCCUGUGACCGACGUAAUUACCAAAAGUGGGUUAGGCGCAAGCAUCGAUGGUACUUUCCGCACUACUGGCGUCUUCAGCGAGCAAGGACUUGUAGCAAUGCCCGAAACAUUGACAUUCAUCGAAGGCGCUUCAUUAAGUUGUGCCGGGGUGACUGCGUGGAACGCCUUAUUCGGAUUGCCCGGAAAGCAAGUCUCGGCAGGCCAGUGGGUUCUUACUCAGGGUACCGGUGGAGUGAGCAUCUUUGCCAUUCAGUUUGCCAAGGCAGUCGGGGCGAGGGUCAUCGCGACCACAAGCUCUGACAAGAAGGCUAAGAUUCUCGAGGAGCUGGCUGUCGACUAUAUCAUAAACUACCGCGAGACAACCGACUGGGGACUGCAAGCAAAGAAAUUGACUGGAGGGAUUGGUGUUGAUCUUGUUGUUGAAGUUGCAGGUCCAGCGACUUUAAGCCAGAGCCUCGCCAGCGUGAGACUUGAUGGCACCAUCGUCACCACUGGCUUUGCUGGUGGCGAGGCAAAGGGACAGGAGAUGCCAACGUUCUUGGAUUCUUGGCUUAGCCUUGUCACAGUUCGGGGGGUUUGGGCUGGUAGCCGGAUGCAGAUGGAGGAUAUGUGCAGAGCCAUUGAGGCCAAUCCGGGCAAGCUACGUCCCGUCAUUGACCCCAAAGUUUUCAAGUUGGAGCAGCUUAAGGAUGCAUAUGAGUAUUUAGAGUCGGCAAAACAUCAGGGCAAGGUUGGGAUUGUAAUUGAUUGA